AUCUAAAUGCGCAACUGGCGAGGGUCGAGUUUUAAACACCGGGUAUCCGACAUAAAAAUGUUAUUCUGUAUACGAGAAUCCGCUCCUGCAUUUGUAAUUAUGAUAUUGUUAAUGCUCGCACAGUUGAUAAGGAUUCGUUGAUUAGUAUAACCCGGUAAGAGAUCAUUGCAAGUACACACGAUCGUUGUAUAUAAGUGAAUACACAAUGACCUUGACUAACCUUUAGCUGCUGCUACUGGCGAUUAGACUUAAUGACACUUUCACUAAUGCAAAUGUGCUUCAGCUAGACGGACCAAACGCAAGUUUAGUAUUUUUUUCGAGACCGUGAGGUGCACUGCCAUCUAGGUGUAUAAUUUCUAUAUCAUAAGGCCUAAAGACAGACACGACACGAUGAAUCCCGGCAGUCCGAACGCUUUAUAUCCGUUCAAAAGGCCGUGGAUGAGGGACAGCGGGGCUGCAGCACCAGCGGCGGGUAAUACGGGUAUCAAGGGGAUCAUAGCGGGUGGUAUAACCGGGGGUAUAGAAAUAUGCAUAACAUUCCCAACAGAAUACGUUAAAACACAAUUGCAACUAGACGAAAAAGGUGACAGGAAGAAGUAUAACGGUAUUUUCGAUUGUGUGAAGAAGACUGUAAAAAGUCAUGGGUUUUUCGGACUUUACAGGGGGCUUAGCGUGCUGUUAUAUGGAUCUAUACCCAAGAGUGCGGUGAGAUUUGGUUCCUUUGAGACCUUCAAGAAACAAAUGGUACAGGAAAAUGGUACCUUGACCCCAGGGGGUCGGCUAUUGUGCGGUUUAGGAGCCGGGGUCAGUGAGGCCGUUCUGGCGGUGACACCUAUGGAGACAAUUAAGGUUAAAUUCAUCAACGACCAGAGGACGGGGAACCCUAGGUUCAAGGGUUUCGUCCACGGAGUAGGGUUGAUCCUCAGGGAACAAGGAAUUGGUGGAGUAUACAAAGGCCUAACAGCGACAAUAAUGAAGCAAGGUUCGAAUCAAGCUAUACGGUUUUUCGUGAUGGAAACGCUCAAGGAUAUGUACAAAGGCGGAGAUAAAGACAAGAAGAUACCUAAAUAUGUAGUAGGGGCAUUUGGAGCAUUUGCAGGUGCCUGUUCGGUGUACGGAAACACGCCCAUAGACGUGAUAAAAACUAGAAUGCAGGGCUUGGAAGCAUCAAAGUACAAAAACACCUUGGAUUGUUUCAUACAGAUAUGGAAGAACGAAGGCCCGUUUGCGUUCUAUAAAGGAACCGUACCGCGGUUAGGAAGAGUAUGCUUGGAUGUCGCUAUCACAUUUAUGAUUUAUGACAGUUUCAUGGAAGUGUUCAACAAGAUUUGGCCAUAAUUUAUCCCAUACUUUCUAUAUUAGAAAGUGGACGCAUUUUUAAUAGUUGUUUUGUAAAAAGGGAGGGGUGGAGGUUGUCAAAGAUUCUAUAGAUUGUUUAUAAGGAUUUUUUAUCUGCAUUACUCCUACUCUAGAGAGCUUUAGAGGUACUUCAAAACAGGGUAAUCGAUAUUUGCAAUUUUUAUGACUUUUACACAUAUUCUAACAAGUUUUUGUUUCUUACCAUAUAUUGAUAUGCUCCAUUUCUCAAUCGUGUUGAGCUUCUAGGGUUGCGUAUAGACUAUAUUAACGAGUGAUCGAUUGUUUUUUUCCACGUCCCCUCUCGAGUCUGGAUCGGGGCGUUCCGACGUCGGCGCGGUUUUUCGUUUAUUUUUAACGGUUCGCGAAAGGUUUUAUCGGAAAACGAUACCGUUUCGGAAACUAGAAACUCGGCGCUUUACGAGCCAGUAAGAACCGUCUAGGUACGAGGACGAAGUAUGUUUUAAAACGACUGUUAAAGUCUAAAAGAAGGGUCGAUUUUCGUGCUGUUCGAUAUUCAAUUUAUAUCUCCUCCAAAGAUAACCGAGAUACGGACCUGGCGACUUUUGCAUAAAAAAGCCCAUACUCCGGACUCUAGGAUGAAAGUAUUUUCAUCUCGUUAUUCCGUUCCGUUGUAAAGUUUCGAUUUUUUAAAAUUUCUCGACUACUUUUCGAUAGAUGACCAUGUUUCCGGCUGUGUCCGUAUUGCUACUAUAUGUAUGCAAGAUAAAAAUGAUAUAGCGAUUGAAAAAUAAACAUUUUGAGCGUAGGAAACGAUCCUGACUGUUAGAAUUCCCGUCAGAUGUCGAAAAAGCAAACUUUUAGGGCCUCAAAGGUAUCUGAUGACAAGCCAUUUUUCGGCGUACUUUGUCUUCUUCGUUACGAAUCGAGAUAGCUACGAUUUUUUUUAGAAAAACGAAAGACCAAAUUAACAUAUUUUGUGAUACAUACUUUUCACCCUUAACGUUCCAUGAAUUUUUGGGUUGGAAAGGGUAUCACAAAUCCAAUUUGUAUUGUGUAUUUGUAUUGAUUAUUCUAAAUGCUUUUAGUCAUGAGUUAUAAAAAAAUAACAAAAUUAUGUUACCUAAUAUUUCGUGAUUCUUCUAAUUUUUAUCUUAAAUUAUUUAUGUACAUAUUACGAUAAUUUUAAUGCAUUUAUUUAAUCAUAUCGUUAUAUUUUAUUAGGUAACAGUUUCCUUGUAAAGUAUAAUACUUUGAUAUAAUCAUGUCGACUAUUUAAAUACAUGUUUGGAAUAGACUUUACACAAAUGUCAAAAACAUUGAAAAGCAUUUCACUUUUUUAGAACACGACAUUCCACAAAAUGCAUUUUAGCUUUACGUAGAAAUAGAUUCUACACUCCAUAAAAGGUGAAAGCCCUUGGAAAUGAAAACUAAAUGAAAUAGAACUCAGGGCGCUGGAAUCAUGCAGACAAUUUUAUUUUUUGCUAUCCGUUAAUGCUUAUUUUCUUUUGUGUAACGAUGCAUUAGCGGUUUUAGAAGCCAGGUAUACAGGAAAGUGUAACUAUAACCAAUUCUAGUGAUGGAAAUUUUAUUCUACGACUAUGCUGUGUAGCAUCGAUUUUUAAUGAAAUUCUAGGUGCCAUCUUCGAAUACUUUUUAUACGAAUGACGUUGAAAUUGAAAGAGCCUGAAAUCUAAAACUACGCUAGUCGCGUUCGUUUUGCAGGUGAAGUGAGACAGUCCAAAUAGAGAAAUGAGGCUGUCAGUUAAAUACGUCAAUAUAUUUCAGAACAUAACCUAAACAUGACCCAUCCCUGAUUAUUUUAAGUAAACUGUAGAGUACUUUAAUUGUGAACACAAUUCAAAUUCAGUGGAUAUUGGACCUAAACAAAAUAAACUGAAGUGUGAGACAAGCGAUUCUGAGAUUGUGUGUAAAACGAACGUAGCUACUCUUUACUAAGAUACUUCAACACGUUAAAACAUAACAACCAUUACAAGCUGAUCUUCCGUCCUCCAAAAUAUCCCAUACCUUUCUAGCGACGCCGAAGUUUUUAUGCGAUUAGUUUUGCACAAAGUAAGUAGUAAAUUUUUUGCAUUAUGAUAAAAUCGAAUUAGGAAUUAACCAAAUUUUAAAUCAAUAUUUGUUCUAAGUAGCUCUGAUACGUUACUGAAUUUUCAUUGUUGCCCAUAUUUCAAAAUUAACACAAUAGACGUCAGAACGUGUUGAAGUAUCGUGGACAAUUGUCUAAUUUGCGUUUACAAUUGAAACUUAUUUAUCUCUUUUUGCAUUUAUACGCAUUUUUCCGUACCGAUGAAACUACAGUCCUAAUACAGAUGUUAUAUUUUUAUACAAACAGAACUGUGUGUAAUUUUAAGGUGAAUAUAUAUUUCGAUUUGUCUUGAGACGCGAAAUUGUAAAAAUUGUUUAACCAUAUUUCUUUUGUUACGUCUUUUGUAUCUUUUAUUGAAUUUGUUGCGAGCUAUUUGUUGUUUCAUGUUUGUGUUUAUUUAUGAAAAGCUAAAUUAAAGAAAUAAAUGGGAGGCUGAAUAUAGA